AUGGACGUCAACCAGCUAUUCCUAAUUGCCACUUCGCACCCUUUUGCGUCGACUACAGUCUUUCUUGUUGUUCUCGUUGGUCUCUAUACAUUCUACUGCCGUAACGUUCAUUCUUUGGCAAGAUUUCCAGGUCCACCUCUCGCGUCACUUACCAACUUCUGGAGACUCCGGGAGCUAUGGGGUCUGCAUCUACCCGAUGCUCUCGUCGAAUUACACGAGAAGUACGGUGAUGUUGUCCGGAUUGGUCCCAACAUGCUCUCUUUCAGACAGGCGACUGCUGUACCCAGGAUCUACAAGGCCGGUCGAACCUUAGCCAAGACUGCUUUUUAUGACGGCUUCACUUCUUUCAAUCCCAAUUUGUUUGGAACUCGAAAUGAAGAGGUUCACUCGAUGCGGCGACGGCAGACGGCGCACUCAUUCUCGCUGCAGUCGAUCAAAGAAAUGGAGCUGCACAUUGACAGCCACAUGCUUAAAUUCCGCAAAAAUCUCGACGAGUACUCCCGAACACACCAGAUUUUCGAUCUUAAAGAGUUGAUAGCGUUCUUUGUUCUGGACGUCCUCGGAGAUCUUGCCUUCCGCUAUCAAUUUGACUCGCAGAUCGAAAAGAAUACUUUGAAACUGCCUCCCAUCAACGAUCACAUCUUUCUUGCUUGCUUGAUGGGCAUGAUGCCCAACUUUAUGCCAUUCGUCGAAGCCGUCUCUCCCUGGAUUCCGAUUCCUUGGGUGCAACGACUUCUUGCGGCACGACAGAAUCUUAAGAACCUCACCAUCGAGUGUGUCAGGAGCCGCAUGGCCGACCCUGGUGCUGCUCGAAAGGAUCUUAUCACCAGUCUGAUCAAUGCUCGGGACCCGGAGACAGGCUCUGAGCUGACGGAGCUAGACAUACAAACAGAGGCAUUCGCGUUUAUUGUUGCUGGCUCUCAUACAACGUCUGGAACUCUUACUCUUCUCUUUUCUCAUAUCCUUCAAAACCCGGUUGUUCAUGCCAAAGUGGUUGAGGAGAUCGAUUCAGUUGUUGAAAACGUUGGGUCGGCAAUCAUACCCAUUAAAGACCUCGAGGCCAAACUUCCGUUCGUUAUGGCAUGUGUAGAUGAAAACUUUCGUAUGAACGCAGUUUUCACCAUGCCACUGGAGCGUGAGGUGACUGCCAAGGAAGGCUUCGAGAUUGAGGGCCACGUAAUUCCCAAAGGCACCGGUGUUUUCAGCCUAAACCACGUUGUUCAUAUAACCCUGUUAUCUGGGGUAAGGACCACGAUGUUUUCAACCUUUCUAGAUUUUGCGAUCAAGAGGGUGAGAAGCUCCGGCGUUUCCUGA